GCCGUAGGGCGGCGUGGCAAGAUGGCGGCCCCUGUCUUUGCUCGUGCCGUGAAGGCCGCCUCAGGAGUCUUACGGCCCCUGGUGUCUUCAGCCUAUCAAAACCAUGUCAAGAAUGCCUGUCUUAGUUCUGCACAGUCCACCCGACAUUUUAGUUCUCUUCAGACACCAAUUGUUUCCUCUGCUCCCAGACUUAGCACAUGUGUUGGAAACCUGACAUGUGGGCAUACUGCAGCAAUCCUCAGCAGAGUGGCCCCCUUGCUUUCAAAUGUCCUGAAGUUACCAGUGAGAACUGUAACAUACUUCAGUUCAAGGAAAGGGAAGAGAAAAACUGUGAAAGCUGUCAUCUAUAGGUUUCUUCGACUUCACUCUGGCCUUUGGCUAAGGAGGAAGGCUGGUUACAAGAAAAAAUUAUGGAAAAAGACGACUGCAAGAAAAAGGCGCUUGAGAGAAUUUGUGUUCUGCAAUAAAACCCAGAGUAAGCUCUUAGAUAAAAUGACAACGUCCUUCUGGAAGAGGCGAAACUGGUAUGCUGACGAUCCUUAUCAGAAGUAUCAUGAUCGGACAAACCUGAAAGUAUAGAUCAGAAGUUUUAUGACUUCCUAGUUAUUGAAUAUGCAUCUUUAUGUAUAUGAUGUCUUUGCAAAAUGGAAUAAAUACAAAACUUGAA